AUGGCGUACAACCCACGGAUGUCAAUACUGCCCGCCGCGCAGCAGCAGUCGCGGUCGCGCAAAAAGGAGGAAGAGGCGGCCUACGCCAACAUGCGCCUGCCCGACCGCGAGAUCGUCGGCUGCAUCAACGAGCUCGGAAUCCCCUUCACCGUUGCCGAUCUGCAAAAGCCGAACCCGAUUCAAGUACAGAUGAUCUUCGAGUGGUUCGGCGAGCUGCUCAUGAACAAGACGCGCCAGACGGUCGACCCCGCCAUGCGCGCCGCGGCUGAGGACAUCUGCGGCGACUUUGGCGACUCGCUGAUGCCGCCUGACACGCGGAACUUGAUGGGCUUCUUCGUGUCGCUGCGCCGGUUGAUGCUCGACUGUGGAGUUACCGACUUCAGCUUCACCGACCUGUACAAGCCGACACACGACCGCCUGGUGAAGAUCUUCAGCUACGUCAUCAACUUUGUGCGCUUCCGCGAGAGUCAAACGAAUGUCAUUGACGAACACUGCAACCGGGCCGAGAGUACCAAGGCGCGCAUCGAGCAGCUCUAUGCCGAGAAUCAGAACAUGGAAGCCCAACUGGACGACAUGCACGCCAACAGAAGGCAAUUGGAGGCCCUGGUCGCGGAGAAGACGCGCCGGAACGAGGAACUCAAGAAGCGGCUGCUGGAGCUGCGGCGGAGCCAAGAAAAGGUGGCGGCACGGCUGGAGGAGGCCAAGGCCAAGAAGGGCGAGCUUGCCGCCGAACUGGAGGAAAAGACAGCGACCAAGAUCGCGCUGCAGAAGGAGAGCGCCAAGUUGCGGCCAUACACUCUGCAGAGCCCCUCGGCCCUCCAGUCCAGCCUGACGGAGUUGAGCAACACGUUGAACAACGACAAAUCGCAUAUCGACUCCCUCGACCGGCGAGCAAGAGCCCUACAAACCUCGACCGACUCCUUUGCCGUAGUCUGCAGCGACGUGGCAUCGUGCAUCAAGCUGUUGGAGGAGAUCGCGGUGGAAAUGGCCAAGGAGGAGGAAGACAACGCCAAGAAUGCGAAGCAGCGGGAUGCGCUCACCGAGCGCGGGGCAAACGUGCGCGAGGUGGAGCGGACCGAGGCACUGCUGAAGCGGCAGCUGGCCAAGUGGACGGAGCGCACCGAGACGCUGCGGGCACAGAGCCAGGACAAGGCGCAGCGGGCGAAGGAGAAGAUGGAAGAGCUGCGGGCGGUCCACAAGAAGUUGACGGAGGAGCGGUCCGAGAAGGGCAAGGACAUUGAGAGGAGGAGGGUCAGGAUCGAGCAGAUCGAGAAGAAGAUGCUCGAUCUCAAAGAGAACAUCGAAAACGAGGUGCACGCAGCACACGACGAGUACCUCAAACUGGAGGCUCACAUCAAGCUGUACAUCACGGAGAUGGAGCAGGCCAUCUAA